AUGGAGUAUCCUCAAGCAUCGUCUCACAGCCCGGGAGAUACUAGCCCCAGUGGAAGCGAUGGACUCAGUACUAUUGUGACGAGCUCCGACCGCCGCUCAUCAGGUCAUCAAUGCCUCCAGCCUGAGCUCUCACGUCGUCAGACCAACCUGGACAAUGUCGAACUAGAGCGUAUCGAAACAUACAGACUACAGCAUCGCUCAACAGUAGGCUCAGGCAUCGGCAUCACACCUCGAGAAAAAUGGCUUCCUCUCGGAGCUGGAAAGCCCUACCCGCCCUCUCUCCCAGACCCGGAACAAUAUGUUGUCGAAUUUACGGAUGCAAAUGAUCCUCUCCACCCCCAGAACUGGCCCAUAGCCAAGAAGAUCGGUAUCUCAGUGACUCUGGCCUAUACAACCUUUGUGUCCUCCUUUGCCAGUGCCAUAUAUUCCUCCGCUGUCGGCCAGAUCAGUCCCCAUUUCCACAUCAGCACGGAGGUAGCUAUCCUCGGCGUUACUUUGUACGUCCUAGGUUUUGCGUCUGGACCAACAGUUUGGGCGCCAGCUAGUGAGCUUAUCGGAAGAAGAUGGCCGAUCUGCAUUGGAAUGUUUCUGUACUCUGUCUUUACCAUUGCGACAGCGACAAGCAAAGAUGUCCAGACGUUGAUGCUCACUCGGUUCUUUGCUGGUUUCUGUUCUGCUAGCCCCAUCGCCAUCGUGCCGGCCGUCUUUGCCGAUAUAUAUAAUAACCAGAACAGAGGUGUGGCUAUUGCCAUGUUUGCCAUGGCUGUGUUCGUUGGACCAUUCGCCUCGCCCUUUGUUGGUGGCUUUAUUACGUCCAGUUAUCUUGGCUGGCGAUGGACUAUGUACAUUGCCUCCAUCAUGGGUUGGUUGGCUACUGGACUUUGUCUUCUAUUCUUGACGGAGACAUAUGCUCCCGCUGUAUUAGUGGAGAAAGCUUCUACUCUUCGACGACAGACUCACAACUGGGGUAUUCGGGCCAGACAAGAGGAGAUCGAGCUCGACUGGGGUGAGCUCAUUACGAACAACUUCAGUCGUCCAUUCCGUAUGCUCUUUACUGAGCCAAUUGUCUUCCUGAUCUCCCUCUGGAUGAGUUUCGUAUAUGGCUUGAUGUACGCACUACUCGGCGCCUACCCGGUCGUAUUUCAAGGUGUACACGGAAUGAGUCUGGGUGUUGGCAGUCUUCCAUUUAUCGCUCUGAUCAUUGGUGAAUUCCUAGCCGGCGCCUACAUUCUAUGGGACCAGAAAGCCUAUAGCAAGAAAUUAGCUGCCAACAGCAACAUUCCCAUUCCCGAGUGGCGACUCCCCCCAGCAAUCGUUGGCGGUAUCUGUUUCUGUGUUGGCCUAUUCUGGUUUGGUUGGACCGGCUGGACAAAUUCAAUCCACUGGAUGGCUCCUACUGCCAGCGGAAUCGUGACUGGAUUCGGCAUCUACGUGAUCUUCUUGCAGUGUUUCAAUUAUCUGAUUGACUCCUAUUUGACAUUCGCUGCUUCCGUUUUCGCCGCUAAUACAAUUAUCCGAUCAGCCGUCGGUGCUGCCUUCCCCCUGUUCUCCAAGCAGAUGUUCAAUAACUUGGGUGUGCAGUGGGCUGGUACUCUUCUCGGUUGCCUUGCACUGAUCAUGGUUCCUAUUCCUCUGGCAUUUAUCAAGUGGGGACCUUCGUUGCGGAAGAGAUCGAAGUUCGCCCCGGUCUUUAAAUCGAAACCUGAGACACAAGCCGAGAAGGAAAACACCGAAGAUGUUUAA